ACAGCUCAGUAGAUGGACUUACCAAAUUGCGAGGAAAAAGUCAACUUUAACACUGGAUUAACUUGUAUGGGGGAAUAUCAGUUAUAAAAGUUGGUCCAUUUUGUUAAUCACUCUCAACCUGCAGUGUUCAGCUUUGUAGCGGUUUCUGAACCCGGGAUAAGUGGUCUUCACGCACAGUUUGCGCCAUGGCAAACUCCUGUCUUCAACUGAGCGGCUUCCUCGUCAGCUUCCUCGGCUGGCUGGGCAUCGUGAUUGCGAUAUCCACCAAUGACUGGGUGAUUAUGUGCAAAUACGGCUUGAACACCUGCAAGAAGAUGGAUGAGCUGGAAGCCAAGGGACCCUGGGCAGAAUGUGUCAUCUCCACAGGACUCUACCACUGUUACUCCCGAUCGCAGAUCCUGGAUCUACCAGCCUACAUCCAGACGACCCGUGCGCUGAUGAUCACAGGUUCCAUCCUCGGUCUCCCAGCAGUGGCGAUGGUAAUUAUGUCUAUGCCCUGCAUCAACUUGGGCAAUGAACCCCAGGCCUCCAAGAACAAACGCACCGUCUUGGGAGGAGUGCUUAUACUCAUAGUCGCACUGUGCGGUAUGGUGUCGACAGUCUGGUUUCCCAUCGGCGCUCACCAGGAACACGGCCUCAUGUCAUUCGGCUUCUCCCUCUACACUGGAUGGUUUGGCUCCAUCUUCUCCCUGCUGGGCGGGUGCAUUCUUACCUGCUGCUCCUUAGAGUCGUCCUCGUCUCGCCCCUACCAGGACAACAAUCGUUUCUACUACUCCAAACAGGGAGGUGGAAACCCGCCAGCAGCCCCCUCCACCAAUCAUGCCAAGAGUGCUCACGUCUAAGCGGGGGGAGAGAUUCUGAAGCAGAUGUGUAGGGAACUGUAACUUGUAUAUAGAGACAUACACACUAGCACACACAUCCAAUCACAGUUACAUGCAAACCUAUACCGGAAGAGAGGGAGACACAUAGACACACUCAUUCAUCUUCAAGAAAAACACACAACUCCUUGAUCGAGCACACAAACAUACACAAAACAGACCUGCACACAUCCAAACACACAAAGACUGUUCUUGUUGGAGCUCUUUUUUUUCGCCGCCGAUGGAUUGUUUUGUCACAGAGCUCAUCUUCCAGCCUCCUCGUGUUGCGCUUGGUGUGGACCUGCUGUUACAUAGUUGUACAAGCUUUAAUUAACUGCCUGCACACAAACCUGAGGUCCCAAUCACUUGAGGCCUUGUGGACUGAUCUUCUUUAAAACUUCUAUUUUUCUACUUAGAUGCACCUACAGAUGAAAUCUUAUGAGUGUCUUCGUUGAUGAAUCUGUAUUUUAAAUCGUAUAAUACACUGAUCGGUUGUUUUGAUUAGAGCAGGGUAUGACAGUAUUAUGUUUCGAAUUAUGUUCAUUAGCAUUGUUUAUGUACAUUGAUUUUUCCUUGACAGUAUUGUUCGACUCUCUGAUGCAUUUGCCUCUUGAGUGAUGGACUUGAUUAAAAAUUGCAGCACUGUUUUUCCCAGCCACUGCAGGAUGACUGGAACAUAAAUUUCACAGGGGCGCUUUAACCAGCAGUGUUACAGUCUGUGUAUUCAAGCCUUAGUGUGUGCACUGACUUGGCAAAAAUAUUAUAGAGUACAAAACCAUAAUCUUUUGUUCAUUUCUCACUCAUCCAAUAGUAACAUUUCAUAAUCUAAACCCAUUUUAUGAUACUAACUUUACGCAGCUUAUCCUGUAACUGUGGAAUUAUACAUUUCCAUUAAACAUCUUAGUCUAAGUUCUACACAUAAAACAGGUCUGUAGCUGAAAUUAUGUUUCUACAAGCGUGCACAAAAAACACAGUAUUAUUUAGAUCAGCUUCUCUUACGGGAAUGCAAUGACUUGAAUGUUCAAUAUCUCAAAAGUGCUCUGAACACAGAUCCCCACAGAAGCAAUAUUAGCUGGUUAUUUAUUGUUUCGCUGAUGUUUUGUUUGAUUUUCUGUAAUAAAGACAAAACAAUGAAAAGUGCCUUUGCCUUGAGUCGAUAAGACGUUCACAUCCCAUCCCUUUUUUUUUUACUCCAUCAGGAUGUUAGGCUUACAUUUGAUAUAGAGUGUGUGUGUGUGUGUGUGUAAGUAUGUGAUGCACAUGUGAUAUACAGUCAUCUCCGCCCUGGAACAAGCUGACUGUGAUAGUGUUUCUUGUAGAUUGAUGACAUAGAUUUUCUAUUGUGAAUACGGGUGGGGGAUAUGUGUCCAUGUUUGUGUGAAUAAAAGCUGAGAACAAUGAGAAAACAUGAAUUGUUUUU